CAAAACAAAAUUUAUUGGCUUCUUUUUUCCUGUCUUAUAGAAUUACUUGGUGAUAAAAGAUUACAUUUUUAUGUACCAAAGAAAGAAAAGAUUAGAUUUUUAUCAUAUGGGUGUGAUUAGAUUAGCUAAAAUUUAAUUGGGAUUUCUCUAAAAUUUCAUGGGCUUAGAGUUAAUUGAGAACUUCAUUAAUAAACAAAAUUAUGAGAAGAAAAUAUUCAAUACCAGAUCCAAUGAAACAAAUCGUGAAGAUUUUGACGUUAUUGCUUGCAGUAACUGCUGUUUGGAUAGGCUUGUUGCAGACAUCGACAAUUCCAGAGAGCUAUACUUGGCUGUUGCCUCUAUACCUCAUCGUGUCCCUCGGUUGCUAUGGUCUGUUAAUGGUUGGCAUUGGCCUAAUGAAUUUUCCCACAUGUCCUCAAGAGGCUCUUUUCUUACAACAGGAUAUUGUUGAAGCCAAGGACUUCCUGAAGAAAAAAGGGGUAGACGUUGGUGCUGAUUGAUUGAAUCUUGUUUAAAUCGCGAUUGUGGUUGUUUAACCUGUCCAAAAACACGUUCAGUGAAGAUGAAAAGUUAGAAGUCGGAUUUCAGUAACAUGCUUCAAGUAGGAACAUAACUGUCCUAAUUUUUUGGUGCCAGUCUACGCCACACUACAGCUGACUUCCCAAGUUAUCGCUUGACUCGGACAUUUUUUUUUUUUUUAAACUAGGCUUCAAGUAGUUGAAGUUGGGAUCAAGAGAACAAGAGGCAUGGAUUUUUCUUGGCUCUGUUUUGAUUGUUUUACCAGUCUUUAAUCUUCUAUUUUAGCACUUCAUUUGAUAGUAAGGAAUAUGAAGACCUAAGUUGUUCUUUUCCUAAUCAUUUUAGUAUUUAUUUGAAAACAGAUUACAGUUUUACUCCUAA